CCUCCCCGGCCCCCCUCCCGGCUCUCCGCCCGCCUCCCGCCCUCCUCCCCGCGCCUCCCGCCCCGCUCUCUCCCGCCCCGCUCUCCCCCGCCCCCCGCGCUCCAGGACCCAGCGCGGGCGGCAGGCGGCGGCCUCGCCGGAGCAGGAGCGGCGGCAGCGGGGAGGCCCAGCCGGGACCGAGCCGGCGGCGGCGGCUCCUCCUCGGGGGAGGGGGGGACCCGGAGCCCGUAGCCAGGCCCUCCCUGCGCCGUUGCCCUCGGGACACCCCAUCCUCCCUCUCCUCCUGCCCCUUCCACCUGCUCCUCUCCAUCCUCCCUUCCCUCCUUCACCCCAUCUCUCCACCUCGCCUGGCCUCUCCGGGUCUCCCAGCAUCCCACCUUCUUUGCCCCUCCACUGCUCAGCCUCCCUCACCCCCCACCCCUAAGCAUGCUUUUCCCGCGGGGGCUGAGGGCUUAAGGACUCCAGGCCCCUGCUUCCUCCAGGACAGAGCCUAGGCUCCCGGGGGGAGGGGGGAAGGGGUGGCCCCCUCCCCCCCACCGAGGCCUCCCCUCCCCCACUUUGCCUGAUGGCCGGCUUCUUUUUCUCCGUCCGGCCCUCGCCCCCUGUGGCUCCCCCAGGCCGGCCCGGCUAGGGGAGGGGGCGGGGGGCCCUUUCCUGGGCCGGCUUCCCCCUCCCCCGGCUCUGCCUGUGCCCCCUCCCUUUGGUUUUCACCUUCCUCCCUCCUUCCCUUCCAUUUGCUCCUUCUCCCUCUCCUCUCUCCCCUUCUCUCCUCCAUUUUCUCCUUUCCCUUUCCUCCCCUCCCCGCCUGCCCUCUCCUCUUUCUACCUGUCCUUCCUCCCGGCUCCUGGCCCCCCCCCCCAAUUUUUUUAUUAGUUGGGGGCCCUGCAGGAGGCGGGGGAGGGGGCCGUGGAGUGCCCUCUCCCCCCGCCCCAGCCCCCCCACCCGGGCCCAGAGCAUCUCCCGUGGUGGUUCCUCGGGCCUCGAGGGAGCCCAGCCCUCCUCCGUCCCACCAGCAUCCGUGGCGAGUGGGGGCCGCGGCAGCUGCGUCCCCAUGAGGAGGGGAGGAAGAUGCCGGCUGAGCUGCUGCUGCUGCUGAUAGUUGCCUUCGCCAGCCCCAGCUGCCAGGUGCUCUCAUCACUGCGCAUGGCUGCAAUCCUGGACGACCAGACGGUGUGUGGCCGCGGUGAACGUCUUGCCUUGGCCCUGGCCCGGGAGCAGAUCAAUGGGAUCAUCGAGGUUCCUGCCAAGGCCCGGGUGGAAGUAGACAUCUUCGAGCUGCAGCGGGACAGCCAGUACGAGACCACGGACACCAUGUGUCAGAUCCUGCCUAAGGGAGUCGUGUCUGUGCUGGGCCCCUCCUCCAGCCCUGCAUCUGCCUCCACUGUCAGCCAUAUCUGUGGGGAGAAAGAGAUCCCCCACAUCAAGGUGGGCCCCGAGGAGACACCCCGACUUCAAUACCUUCGAUUCGCCUCUGUCAGCCUGUACCCCAGCAACGAGGAUGUCAGCCUGGCCGUCUCCCGGAUCCUCAAGUCUUUCAACUACCCCUCGGCCAGCCUCAUCUGUGCCAAGGCUGAGUGCCUGCUACGACUGGAGGAGCUGGUGCGAGGCUUCCUCAUCUCCAAGGAGACACUGUCGGUGAGGAUGCUUGACGACAGCCGGGACCCCACCCCAUUGCUCAAGGAGAUCCGCGAUGACAAGGUGUCCACCAUCAUCAUUGAUGCCAACGCCUCCAUCUCCCACCUCAUCCUCCGCAAGGCCUCAGAACUGGGAAUGACCUCGGCGUUUUACAAGUACAUCCUCACCACCAUGGACUUCCCCAUCUUGCAUCUGGAUGGCAUAGUGGAAGACUCCUCCAACAUCUUGGGCUUCUCCAUGUUCAACACCUCACACCCUUUCUACCCCGAGUUUGUGCGCAGCCUCAACAUGUCCUGGAGGGAGCACUGUGAAGCCAGCACCUACCCGGGCCCCGCGCUGUCAGCCGCCCUAAUGUUCGAUGCUGUGCACGUGGUGGUGAGCGCUGUCCGGGAGCUGAACCGCAGCCAGGAGAUUGGUGUGAAGCCACUGGCCUGCACCUCGGCCAACAUUUGGCCUCAUGGGACCAGCCUCAUGAACUACCUGCGCAUGGUAGAGUAUGAUGGGCUGACCGGGCGGGUCGAGUUCAACAGCAAAGGGCAGAGGACCAACUACACCCUGCGCAUCCUGGAAAAGUCCCGUCAGGGCCACCGCGAGAUCGGGGUGUGGUACUCUAACCGGACCCUGGCUAUGAAUGCCACCACCCUGGACAUCAACCUGUCUCAGACUCUGGCCAACAAGACGCUGGUGGUCACCACCAUCCUGGAGAACCCAUAUGUUAUGCGGAGGCCCAACUUCCAGGCCCUUUCAGGGAACGAGCGCUUCGAGGGCUUCUGCGUGGACAUGCUGCGUGAGCUGGCCGAGCUGCUGCGCUUCCGCUACCGCCUGCGGCUGGUGGAGGACGGGCUGUAUGGGGCGCCCGAGCCCAAUGGCUCCUGGACCGGCAUGGUCGGCGAGCUCAUCAACCGGAAAGCAGACCUGGCCGUGGCUGCAUUCACCAUCACAGCCGAGCGGGAGAAGGUCAUCGACUUCUCCAAGCCUUUCAUGACCCUGGGGAUUAGCAUCCUCUACCGAGUGCACAUGGGCCGCAAGCCCGGCUACUUCUCCUUCCUGGACCCCUUCUCCCCCGCCGUGUGGCUCUUCAUGCUUCUAGCCUAUCUGGCCGUCAGCUGUGUCCUCUUCCUGGCUGCCAGGCUGAGCCCUUACGAGUGGUACAACCCUCAUCCUUGCCUGCGGGCUCGCCCUCACAUCCUAGAGAACCAGUACACGCUGGGCAACAGCCUCUGGUUUCCUGUGGGGGGCUUCAUGCAGCAGGGCUCGGAGAUCAUGCCCCGGGCACUGUCCACACGCUGUGUCAGUGGAGUCUGGUGGGCCUUCACCUUGAUCAUCAUCUCCUCCUACACGGCCAACCUGGCCGCCUUCCUCACCGUGCAGCGUAUGGAGGUGCCUGUGGAGUCGGCUGACGACCUGGCGGACCAGACCAACAUCGAGUACGGCACCAUCCACGCCGGCUCCACCAUGACCUUUUUCCAGAAUUCGAGGUACCAGACGUACCAGCGCAUGUGGAACUAUAUGCAGUCCAAGCAGCCCAGCGUGUUUGUCAAGAGCACGGAGGAAGGCAUCGCCCGAGUCCUCAACUCCCGCUACGCCUUCCUGCUCGAGUCCACCAUGAACGAGUACCACCGACGCCUCAACUGCAACCUCACCCAGAUCGGGGGCCUCCUCGACACCAAGGGCUAUGGCAUCGGCAUGCCGCUGGGCUCCCCGUUCCGGGAUGAGAUCACCCUGGCCAUCCUGCAGCUUCAGGAGAACAACCGUCUGGAGAUCCUGAAGCGCAAGUGGUGGGAGGGGGGCCGCUGCCCCAAGGAGGAGGACCACCGAGCCAAAGGUCUGGGCAUGGAGAAUAUCGGCGGUAUCUUUGUGGUCCUCAUCUGUGGCCUCAUCAUCGCGGUCUUUGUGGCUGUCAUGGAGUUCAUCUGGUCCACGAGGAGGUCGGCAGAGUCUGAAGAGGUGUCGGUGUGCCAGGAGAUGCUGCAGGAGCUGCGACACGCCGUGUCCUGUCGCAAGACGUCACGCUCCCGCCGGCGGCGGCGCCCGGGCGGCCAGAGUCGGGCCCUGCUGUCGCUGCGCGCGGUCCGCGAGAUGCGCCUGAGCAACGGGAAGCUCUACUCGGCCGGCGUGGGCGGGGACGCGGGCGGCGCGCACGGGGGACCCCAGCGCCUGCUGGACGACCCGGGGCCGCCCGGCGGGACCCGGCCCGCAGCCCCCACGCCUUGCACGCACGUGCGCGUGUGCCAGGAGUGCCGGCGCAUCCAGGCGCUGCGGGCCUCCGCGGGCGCGCCCCCUCGGGGCCUGGGCGCCCCGGCCGAGGCCACCAGCCCGCCUCGGCCGCGCCCCGGGCCCGCCGGCCCCCGCGAGCUGGCCGAGCACGAGUGACCGCUGACUGCACGGACUUAGCCCGACCUCCCCGGCGGGCGGGGGGGGCAGGACUUGUGCCCCCAAGAGACUCGCCGGGCCGCGGGGUGGCGCUGGAGACCUCGGAGCUCGGCGGCGCCCUCUCGUGGACUCCUCGGGGGCGUCCGCGCUCCGCCUCCCCGAUGUGGGCUGGGGGGAGCUUGACUGCGGGGGGCGGCGGCUGGUUCCCGGAGGCGGAAUGCGAUCCACGGCGAGAAGCCCGUCCUGGGAAUGUUCAGCCCUCCCAUCCCCCAAGACUUGAUGCAGUCUCCCCCACUUAUGGAGGAGGUGGGGGGCCCUUUGGGCAGAUGGGUGUCCCCUGGCGCCCCUCGACUCUUCUCUUUCUCUCUUUUUUUUGGGGAGAAACCUCGGAAUUUCUAUGAGACCCCUCCAGGGAGGGGGUCAGUUGGGCCCCCAUCCCUUCCCCUAUCACCCCCCCCCAGCCCCUGUUGGAAUAAAAAAAAAGAACAAAAUUCCAAAA